AAAUUUGACAAUUUGCAUGGAUACCGAGUGGAAUUAACCCUAUUAUAAGUUGUAGUUAACUGGCGGCACUGAAAAAGCUCAUAAAGCCUAAAACAGUUUUAAAAUAUAAUCAUCCGCAGUUGAUUUGGGGGAUCAGAAAUGGCAUCAUCGCCCACUCUCAAGCCUUUCGUUUCCUCUCUCUACUCUGAUCCUACCCGCCACUGCGGUUCUUUGCUAGAAAAUUAUUUUCCAAGAAGUUUUCAGGUUAGGAAGGAAUUAUGUUUAGAGGAAAAGCUAAAGUUGUCCACAAAGCAAUUCAGAUUGAAUUGUUUAGGGCACAGAGACAUGGAUGUUAGUGCUUCAGUUUUGGCUGAUUCUGUUACAGAUGCUCAAUUGGAUGUCAACGAGGAAGACCCUAGCAUUUCGACUUUAUUGAUGAAUUUUGAUAGUAAUUUUGAUCCUUAUGGUGCAAUGAGUACACCUCUUUACCAAACAGCUACAUUUAAGCAGCCUUCGGCAACUGAAAAUGGGCCUUAUGAUUAUACUAGGAGUGGAAACCCUACGCGGGAUGUCCUGGAAAGGCUCUUGGCAAAGCUUGAGAAGGCAGAUAGAGCAUUUUGCUUUACCAGCGGAAUGGCUGCUUUGUCUGCUGUUGCUAAUCUUGUUGGAACUGGCCAAGAAAUUGUUGCUGGAGAUGACAUCUAUGGUGGCUCUGAUCGUUUAUUAUCUCAAGUAACUCCAAGAUCUGGAGUUGUGGUAAAACGAGUAAACACUAGUGAUCUGAGUGAAGUUGCAAAAGUUAUUGGCCCCAAGACAAAGCUUGUGUGGCUGGAGAGUCCUACCAAUCCUCGACAACAAAUUGCUGAUAUUCGUAGAAUUGCAGAAAUGGCUCAUACCCAUGGGGCCAUUCUGUUGGUGGACAACAGUAUUAUGACCCCAGUAUUGUCAAGGCCAUUGGAACUUGGAGCAGACAUUGUCAUGCAUUCUGCUACUAAAUUUAUGGCUGGGCAUAGUGACCUCAUGGCAGGCGUGCUUGCUGUUAAAGGAGAGAGCUUGGCAAAGGAGUUGUAUUUCCUACAAAACGCAGUUGGCUCUGGUUUAGCUCCUUUUGAUUGUUGGAUCUGUUUAAGAGGCAUCAAGACCAUGGCUUUACGUGUUGAAAAGCAACAGGAAAAUGCACAGAAGAUAGCCGAGUUCCUUUCUUCCCAUCCACGAGUGAAGAAAGUGAACUAUGCUGGUCUUCCUAAUCACCUUGGACGUGAUUUACACUAUUCUCAGGCAAAGGGCGCAGGAUCUGUACUUAGUUUUUUGACAGGUUCUCUGGCACUCUCGAAGCAUGUUGUUGAGACGACUAAAUACUUCAGCAUAACAGUUAGUUUCGGGAGCGUGAAAUCUCUCAUAAGCCUACCGUGCUUCAUGUCACAUGCAAGUAUUCCGAGUGCAGUCCGUGAGGCUCGAGGUCUAACCGAAGAUCUUGUUCGUUUAUCAGUUGGAAUCGAGGAUGUAGAGGAUCUCAUUGCGGAUUUAGACAAUGCCCUCAGAACUGGCCCUCUGUAGUUGCUGUCUUGCUUGCUAGAUGAUGUAUUUGAUUAGUCCUUUAAACUGUUUUGGUUUGUACAAUUAUUGAGUUAAUAAAUGAGAGAUUAAUAUACAUUAAUAA